UUCCAAUCCCUAAUCUCUCUCUCAAUUUACAACUGCAACUGCUUUUCCCUCCAACUUCACCACACAUGCAUGGGGAUUCAUUGAUUUUCAUCUUAUCUCGCGUUUCCCGAUUCUGAUCAUAGGAUAGUUGUUAACAGAGUGUUUUGGGAGCUUUUGAUAUGUCGAGUGGAUCCGUGAGACGGGUUUCCCGUCAAGAUAUUCAGUUGGUGCAAAAUCUCAUAGAACGAUGUCUACAACUGUAUAUGAGCCAGAAAGAAGUUGUGGAAACACUACUAGCUCAAGCAAAAAUAGAGCCUGGUUUCACUGAACUAGUUUGGCAAAAGCUUGAAGAAGAAAAUGAAGAAUUCUUCAAGGCUUAUUAUGCAAGGUUGGUUUUGAAGCAGCAAAUAAUGCAAUUCAACAAAUUGCUGGAUCAGCAAGUGCAAUUAAUGCAGUUACACUCAAGUGCUGUUGCAUCACUACCUAUGUCUAACGGGUCACAUAUCCCUGCAGUGACAUCACUACCUAACUCUAAUGGGUCACAUAUCCCUGCAAUACCUGAGAAUCCAGCAUGCUACACUUCAGACCGAACCCAAACAAGUUUGAAGCCAGAAAAUAUGCAACAUGCUGUUGAUUCCAGAUUAUCUAAUGUGUUUAAUAAUGGCGGUUCAUCAUUACAUACAAGUAUGCCUGCUGCAGUUGAUAUGUCUGUUCAUGGCAAUAGGAUUAAUGGCCCUGCUAGCGUGCUUUCUGCUCAAAGCGCAAACAUGGGUCUGAUACAAGGAAUGAAUGGUGGCGGAAUGAUCAAAUCUGAGCCUGGAUAUUCUGGUUGUUCUCCUUAUAUGUUUAGUACUGAAGGAAAUGUCCUGGAGACACGCCCAACUAUUGGUGGUGCUUCAGUUACGUCAUUCACUAAUGUCGAGUCCAACUCACAUUCUCUGAAUGAGGCAGUCCUAGAUCCAGACACUUCUUCAUUUGGAUUUCUGGGGCAGAUUCCCAGAAAUUUUAGCCUUUCAGAUCUGACUGCUGAUUUUUCUCAGAGUUCUGCUUCUUAUUUGACAGAUAUACUGGAGACCUAUUCUAGGUCACCCUUCCUAGCUACGGAUAAUGAGAACUUCCUUGACAGAGGAGAACAAGUAGACAACAAUAGGCUGGACUCCAUAUCAGAAGGCUUGAGUUAUGAAGACUUUGGGAGUGAGUGAAUAGUUGAAUACCAUUUAGUCAUCAAACUUUCAGGUUGAACAAAAUGCUUAAAAUGUUGUACAUAAAACUUUAGAGGUUUUGAAAUUUUAACUGUUGGAUGAACAUAUGCAUUGGUGUGUAGAACGUGCAUUCACCUCAUUCUUGGUGAUGGGAAAUGAAAGUUGGAAUGCUUGCAUGGAAGGGAAAGACUUGGUGCAAAUAAAUAAUAAUCUUUUUUCCCUUGUGUGUUUGGCCUUUUGUACUAAUAAGCUUAUUCUACGUUGUGUUGAUACUAGAAUUAAUAUAAUUGUGUUUUGUUGUUUGUCCGAGA